AGCCCCCAACUUACUGAAAAAAAAUAUUUAGCACAGCGAGUGGCAAGCGAUCAGACGCAUCCUAAAAUUACAUACUGAACUCCUCGACGGAGAAGCGUUGCAUGUCACAAACCAUUAAGAACUACACACAACGCCAAACUGAACUUAUUGAGAUGAAAGCUGGAUCAUAUGAGCCGUGCUUCUGAUGAGGGGAUGUGUAAUUGUUAUUUUACUGUUGAAUUCAUUUUUUAGUGCCAGCAACUUUUCAGUAUUUAAUUGUGUGAUUUUUUAUUUUGUGUUAUCUAAGACUGAUUACCGCACUGUAGAAAACGGCGACGAUAAUUUUUCAAUGUGACUUCUAUGAUAAAUGGGAUAUAUCUUACUAAUGGAACUUAAAAUACCAUUACUUUGGUACUACAGAUUGGUAACGGCUUUUAUUCUAUUCUGUACCGACAACACUGAAGGUUGGCAGGAUUUGGCUCCUGAUCCCUACUUUCUCAGCACUCCUGAAAACGUAACGGUAGAACGUGGAUCUCCAGCCAUUUUGAAGUGCGCUGUUGCUAACCUCGGUACAAGACAUUUAACAUCUCAGGUCACAUGGAGAAAAAUGCCUUAUAUAACACCUAUCAUAUCUGGAGCUAAAAGAUUCGUGACAGACACGAGGUUUGCCAGUCAACAUGAUCCUCUUAGUAAACAGUGGAAUUUAUACAUCAGAAAUACCAGACUUCAAGACAGUGGAACUUACGAAUGUCAACUUAGCCUCAAACAUCGUCAGCAACUUCGACAAAAAGUCACAUUAAAUGUCAUAGAAGAGUCAAUAGAUACAAAUCCAGGCAUAAAAGUUGGUGGCACCAGAUUUGUUACAAAAGGGGAGUCUAUAUACGUUGAAUGUAAUGCCACGGGGAACGAUUAUCCUCCAGAUCACAUUGACUGGUUUCUAGAUGGCAAUAAAUUAUACACGGAUCCAAGGAGGCGUAUCCUUAUCACUUCUCGGGUAUCUUUACAUACAAAGACUCUUAGCAGCGCAGUUAAUAUUUCAAAUGCAACUUUGAAGGACACAGGUACCUACGUCUGCCGGACAUCUAGUCAGUUAACCAUAGGAAUGCGUGUAGAUGUCCUGAAUGCAGGAACAUACAACGUGAAAAGAGGAGCCAACAACCAAACAACGAAAAUAGAAUCAAAACCUCUGAAAGACACGGCAAUUUUUCUACAUUCCUCGGCUGAUGUGAUAUGGCUUACAGUUUUUACAUGUUACAUCAUGCACUGAUUUCACCUCCUGUUAUUUUAUUGUAAAGUCUUUCCUUUAUUUUUAUACCUCUUUCAUUAUUGUCUGUUUACGUUUUUUGUUGAAUAUUGAAAAUAUCCAUUUUAAAUAAAACAAAUGUUGUACUGCAUCUGUCGAAUUUUCGCCAUAUUCACAAAAUAUAAAGAAAAAAUAAACAUUACACAGGAACACCUUUCAAAAUUACUUAUUUACAUGUAUUUUUGCAAACAUGAAGGGUACUUAUAAAUGUUUCUACUAUUUUUCAUUUAUUGUGUCAAUAUUUAAGUUUGAGAUCUUGGAUUUACUCAAGGCAACUACAAAAAAUAUUUGAACCAAACGACUAUAUACCAAAGUAUACAUAUAACAAUCUUUCACUUAAGAAAAGAUCAUGAAAGAAAAACAAAGCUGUUAGCAAUCGCAAGAAAAUAUUUCUAAAACAUCUUUGAAAAUUCUUUUGAAAAAUUCAGACAAAUGUACAUAAACAUUGAUAAUAAAAUAAUCAGAUAAAAAUCAUAAUUAUAAAUUUUUAUGAAACUGUAUACAAAUAUUCAUAGAUCCAGGAUCUUUUAAAACAUGAUUUGACAAGAAAGACUUUCAGUUGAGAUUUUGGUAAAGUAUGUUCAUAUAUUUAUAACUGAAAUAAAAACGAAAGAUUUUCUACAAUUUGUUGACUGCUCAAAUCCAAAACGAAAUGUACUCAUUAUUAUCAUCUUUUUUAUUCAUUGUCAGAUUUCAUUUACAUCCUUUUUACCUUAAUAGUUUAAUUAUUUUUAGCAUUUUUUUGGUUGAUGUGUAUGAAUAUUUUGGUGUCAAUGCCAAAAGAGAAUGAUAUGUUUCGAUACCUACUAUGGAGGUACCAGAACCAUUAAGUUUAUACAGUCCUUAUCAAUGCACCUUUUUUCACAUCAAGCAUAUAUUUGCAUUGCUUAAAUAAAUCUUUCACUAACUGA